UUGUGUGAUUUUAUUUUAAUAUUUUAAGUUUGUACGCUGUGUGGAAAUAAUAAAGUAGCAAUAAAAUAGCAGUGUACGUUGGUGCGGGGAUUACGCAGGGUCAUUGAACGUUGCAUUUUCCCCGCAUCAACCGUCUCGCUGCCGCUUCUGUUUACUCAGGUGUGUGACCGCGUUUGUGUGGCUAAAUGUGGAAAAAACGAGAAAAAUACAACAAAAUGCACCGUCACUGGAAUAUUUUAGCACUAUCCUGAACCUGUCCUGGUGGUUAGCAGGCACAGCGGACGCGAAAAACGCCUAGAAACUGAACACAAGGCGGAUAGGGACAGCUGGGGUUAUCGUUAGCAGCAAAAGGCAGGUGUAAGGCGGCUUUGAUUUAGCCGUGUGUCCGCUUGACUUUUUCACGGAUAUUUCACAACCAAAAUAUUCAUGAAUUGGCGUUUUUUGAACCUUAUAACCAUGGAUUAAUGUCAAUGAUCAUUAAAUUAAGGCUGGACCAUGGCUUCGGGUCAGUCCAGUGUGUUACAGGAGGAGCUCACCUGUCCUGUUUGUCUGGACUUGUACCGUGACCCACAUUUACUCCCCUGUGGACACAACUUCUGCAGAACCUGCCUGGACCGACUCAAACGCCAAGCAGAUAGAGGCCGUUUCAGAUGCCCGGAAUGUCGCGACAGUCACCGGUGUAGCUCCAACUUCCAGAAAAACUUCAAACUAGCUAAUAUCGCUGACGACUACAGGCACAGACGGCGACAAAGUGCGUCUGCCACGGCGGGUUUGAAAUCACAAGAGGGGGUCUCGUGUCAGGCCGCACAGCAGGCUCGGGCCGUGUGCGCCGCUGUGCCCUGCGACUACUGCCCCCCGGUGGCAGCAGAGGCCAGCAGCGCAGAGUGUGCAGUGGCAGAGGGGGCGGAGGGAGCAGGCUCUUCUCAGGAGGUUGGCGAUCCAGGUAAAGGUUUUGCAGUGAAGACGUGUUUGAAGUGUGAAGUGUCCAUGUGUCAGGAGCACGUUCGGCCGCACCUGGAGCUGCCCGCCUUCAGAGAGCACCCCCUCACUGAGCCCAUGAGCGACUUCUGGAGGAGGAAGUGCCCCGACCAUGAUGAGGUCUACAGAUAUUACUGCAUGGACGACAAAGUGUGUGUGUGUAACGCCUGCACCAUAGAAGGAGGACACUCGGGUCACACCAUCAAAACACUGAAAAACACCAUGAAAGAUCUUAAGGUGAGUCUGGAUAAACAGAUGUACCGAGUGGAGCGCAAGUUCAGCCUGGCAGAGAAGAAGCUCCAGGAGCAGAAGGAGAAAGAACGACAGAACAAGAAGUUCAUGGAGGACUCGGACCAGAGCCUGACCCGACUGGGGGAGGACCUGAAGGCAAAGGUGCUGCGCUUCAUUGGGCGUUUGAGGCAGUGCAGUCGGACGCACUGGGACACCAACGGCCCCGCCAUCCAGAAGAACAUCUCCAGGAUCGGACAGGACCAGGCCCGGCUACAGGAAGUCCGCUGUGGCCUGGAGAGCCUGCUGCAGGAGAGUGACCCCUUCAGGUUCAUCCAGGCUUACAAGACAACAGGAAAACAGUGCCGUCGCCAGCUGCGUAAGGACCUGUUCUACCCGGAGUACGUAGACAUGGAAACAGAGGUGCUGGGCGUCAUGAUGGAGGAUGAGAUGAGGAAGUUUCUGGACGAAGAACUGCCCUGCCACAUCACAGCAGCCAUCAACUCCCUCUGUCUGUUCUCGGACCUGGAGGAGGAAGAGGAGGAGACAGAAGAAAAUGAGGACGAUGCAGCAGAGGAGGACGACGAUGAUGAAGAUGAUUUUUUGGAUGACAGCAGAGAGAGAGAGAGAGGAGGAAGGGCAGGACCACAGUGA